AUUCCGAAAUUGGCGAAGAUUUUGACGGCUGACGUGGAAGAAUCUAAAGUCGUAAGGAAGGUAGCACGGAAUGCAUUAUUGGAACUCGCGAAAGACGAGUAUAAUAAAAUACUUAUCAUGGAGGAAGGUUUAGUUCUGGUUCCGUUAAUCGGUGCUGCAGCCUACAAAUCUUUCAGACCAGCUUUAUAUUCAUGGCCAUCUUUGCCCGACGGUACAAAGAUCGAACAGAGCUCCAAAAUUCCUUCAAGAUACGGUGCUUCAGAACUUCUGCUCGGAUUAAACAUUGACACCAAAGAUGUCGACUUAGAGGAGGCAAAGAAGAAUGCCGUAAUUGGGCGAACGCAGCAGCAGUUUCUUGCACGUAUAGGAGCUAUUGAAAUCGAAGAUGGUAAUAAAUCGGACAGCGAAUCGUCCUCCGUCCAAAGGUUGACCACGCUUUUGCCGUGGGUGGAUGCUGUUGCUCGUUUGGUUUUGAUUCUCGGACUUGAAGAUGAGUCGGCUAUUGCAAGAGCUGCUGAGUCGAUUUCUGAUGCUUCGAUCAGCGAACAUAUGCGCGUCUCGUUUAAAGAAGCAGGUGCUAUCAAGCAUCUUGUUCAGUUGAUUAAUCAUCCGAGUGAUACUGUUAGAUUGGCUGUAAUACGGGCUUUGGACAGGCUGUCCAUCAGCAAUCAUGUUUGUCAGACAAUUGAAGCGGAAGGUGUUUUAAAACCUCUCGUAAAUCUGCUGAAGCAGUCAAAUUCGGAGACCUCUCACAGCUUGACUUCAAUGAUUAUAGAUAUUCUUGCUCGGAUUUUAGACCCUAGCCGUGAAAUGGUCUCGUCAGAAAUUACCUCCAGCACACAGACCAAUGCUGAAGAAGGAAUCCUCGUUGAUUCGACUUUCCUCUCGUGCCUUGUGGAUAUCUUGAAGACAUCAAACCCUAAUUUGCAGACGAAAGCUGCUUCCAUACUAGACUUCAUUUUCACGAACGAGCCUUGUAUCGAAAAGCUCAUCUCAUCCGACAUUCAAUCUGGUCUCGAAGCAGUUUUUCAACAGAAAUCUUUAAUAGAAACGGAGUACGAUACAGAAGUGAAUAUCCUUGAACUCGAAGAAGCAGGUGCAGCAGUAUCUGCAGCUUCACGUUUACUAACAAAACUGCUCGACCACCAACAGUUUCGCCAAACAGUGAAUUCCUACAAUUUUACGCAGUUACUUCGCGCAAUCCUCUCAUCGAGAAUUCCUCUCCAGUUCAAGAAUUGGGUGGCCGCAUGCCUGGUCAAACUCGGCGCUCUAUCAAACCGCCACCUGGACAUUGAGGAUCCGAUUAACAUGGAAGUAACUCUCUACGAAACGAUUCCGAGGCUGAUACAGCAGAUCAAAGGGUCGCUGUCGCAGCAGGUGCAGGAAGCUGCUGUGGUGGAGCUGCAGAGGAUAAUUUCCCAAGGGGUGGUUGACUCGACGAGAGCCGUUGCUUCGGAGGGAGGGAUAUUUGUACUCAUGGAGGUGUUGGGAAACGGGAGUAGUAAGGCUGUGGAGGCGAGUUUAGGUGUGCUGUAUAAUUUAAGUAUGGAUGAAGAGAAUCAUGCCGCGAUUAUAGCUGCUGGAGCGGUUCCGGUUUUGAGGAAACUUGUUAAUUCGCAAAAACCGGAGUGGAUGCUUGCUCUUCGUUUGCUUAGAAACCUACCUACUUAAAUAGA